AUGGACGUCGCGCGUGGCCACCUGCACCGUGUCGGCACGACGCACGUCCGGUUCGACAACGCCGGCACACUCGCACAUGCGCUGCUUGUGCAGGGCGCAUCGCAUGGCAUCACGUCGUCGCUGAGUGACGCAGGCGCUCAGGCGCUCAAAGCGGAGCUCAAGAGCGCGCUCGUGGCGCCGCCGGCCGACGCGGACGACAUGGACUCGCUCGUGUACCGGUGCGCGGCGCUGAUCGUGCAGCAGGCGCCGCAGCUCGACAUGGACCUAGUGACGUUCCUGGUGCUCGUGCCGAUGCAUGCGUGCACGAAGGCCGCGCUCACGUCCGCGACGCGCGCUUGGUCGUGGGUGCUGUCGGAGCGGCCGGAGGCCAUGGUCGCGAUUGUGAGCGCGAUCACCGAUGCAUGGGCUCGCUCGAUCCAUCGGCGCCAGGGCCUGUACACGACGCAGCUCGACACGCGCGCGCCGCUGAGCCGCAAGACCGAGAUGUCGGCGCUGAACCGCGCGGAAAUCGCCCUCGAGGCACAGCGCGCCGACGAACUCCUGUCAGGCCACAUGCUCGUGCUCAGCCUGCUGUCCGACUGCCUCGAGGGCGCACGCAGCAGCAAUGCGCCGCUCGUCACGGUGCUGACGCGCCUCGUCCAGCACAUGGCCGACGCGGCGCCUCUCCUGAGCUCGCAUCCGCUCACGCGUGCGCCGCGCCUUGCGCUCGUCCAGCUGGGCCUGCGUGUGCUGAGCGCCGCGAGCCUCGACGUGUACAUCGAGAGCCGCCUGCGCGACAGCGUGUGCCGGCUCGCGCUCAGUUGGUUCGCCCACCCGCCCGUGUGGUCGUACGGCGGCGACCUGCGGCGCGGCGCCGACGAGCUCGUGCGCGUGCGGAUGGUGUGUACGCUGCUGCGCACAGCGACGCUGCGUGCCGACUCGCUCGUGGCACCUGCGACGUUCUCGAGCACACAGCGGACCGUGCUGCACAGCGCACUGGUGCUGGUGCCGGACUGCACGCUCUCGCGUGCGAUCGAGCAUUUCCAGCAGUUCCUGCAUCUGUUGCAGGUGCUGUACGAGAACGAAGAGGCACGGCUGCUGGUGUGGCUGCAUCCGACGCAGUCCGUCAAGCUGCCAGCCGCCCAUGCGACGCUUGCCGACCUGCACACGGCAUGGCGCAUCGAUCCUCGCGUCGCCGUGCACAUGGGCAUGCGCUUCCACCAACCAGACAUGCAGGCGGCGCUCACGAAGCUGGUGUGUGCCGAGCCGCACCGUGUCGUGCACUGUGCCGAGGCGCUGCCGUUCCUGCUCGCGCCGCGCCAGCGCGACACGCGGCGCGAGCCUCGGCAGCUCGUACAGCAGCAGCAGCAGCAGCAGCGGCGCGGGCUCAAAUGGCUGCACACAUGGGCGUGUGUGCCGCCCGUCGAUGCUGUCGAGAUGCUCACGCCCGAAGGCGGCGGCACGAGCCCGCUCGUGCUACAGUAUGCGAUGCGCACGCUCGAGGAGCAUCCCGUGGACCUGGUGUUCUUCUAUGUGCCACAGCUCGUACAGACGCUGCGCGACGAUACGCAUGGCUACGUCGCCGACUUUAUCCUCAAGACAUCGCUGAUCUCGCAGCUCUUCUGCCACCAGAUCAUCUGGAACAUGAAGGCCAACAUGUACAAAGACGACAACUGCGAGGUCGAAGACCCCAUCAAGCCGACGCUCGACGCGAUGGUCGAGCGGAUCGUCGCACAGCUGUCUGGCGAGGCGAGGGCGUACUAUGAGCGUGAGUUUGCCUUCUUCAACGAGGUGACCGGCAUCUCCGGCAAGCUGCGCCCGUACAUCAAGCGGCCCAAGCCUGAGAAGAAGGCCAAGAUCGACGAGGAAAUCGCCAAGAUCCAGCUCGCCGACGGCGUGUACCUGCCGUCGAACCCCGACGGCACCGUGAUCGACAUUGACCGCAAGUCGGGCCGUCCGCUGCAGUCGGCAGCCAAGGCGCCGUUCAUGGCCACGUUCAAGGUGCGGCGUCCCGUCACGGUGCGUGCGAACGACAACGACCCGCUGUACGAGGACGUGUGGCAGAGCGCCAUCUUCAAAGUCGGCGACGACUGCCGGCAGGAUGCGCUCGCACUCCAGGUCAUGGCGCAGUUCAAGAACAUCUUUACUGCGAUCGGCCUCGACGUGUACCUCGAUCCGUACCGCGUCACCGCGACGUCUGCCGGCUGCGGUGUGAUUGACGUCGUGCCGAAUGCCACGUCACGCGACGAGAUGGGCCGCGCCAAGAUCAACGACCUCCUACACUUCUUUAUCAACCGCUACGGCGACGAAAAGAGCAUCACCUUCCAGAAGGCGCGUCUCAACUUUAUCCAGUCCAUGGCCGCGUACUCGGUCGUGUGCCACAUCCUCCAGAUCCGCGACCGGCACAACGGCAACAUUAUGAUCGAUGGCCACGGCCACCUCGUGCACAUCGACUUUGGCUUCCUGUUCGACAUUGGUCCCGGCGGCAUGCGCUUCGAGCCGUAUUCGUUCAAGCUGUCACAUGAAAUGGUCGCUGUCAUGGGUGGCCACGACUCCCCCGGCUUUGCUAUGUUUGAGCAGCUGGUCGUCAAAGCCUUCCUCGCGUGUCGCCCAUUUGCGAACGAGAUCGUCGCGACGUGUGGCCUCAUGCUCGGCACCGACCUGCCUUCCUUCAAGGGCAAAGCCCACGCUCGACCGCCUGCGUGA